AUUGAUUUAUAUUUGUAGCGUACUUCCCCUUUUGUUAAGCAUACUGGUGUGAAACCUUUGAUAUCGAAUUUACUUACUGCAGUGUAACCUAUUCUAUUAUACGGAAGUUGCAUCACUCUUCAACAGGAUUCAUCACUGCGCAGAUCAUUGUUUCAAAAAAAGCAAUUUUUUAUUGCUUUAUUGUGAAUAUUUGGACUUUUGGGUUCCGAGUAAACCGUAUCAUAGCAGAUUUUGCUUUAUCUUUACUCUGUUUAACAGGGGUUUUAAACGCUAUAGCUGUAACAAGUUCUGAAAUGGAUAUCUACAACCGUACAGAGCUGGCACGGACAAAGGCCCAUGAACCGAUGUAUUCCAUUGAUAACGAUGUAUCAAGGAGUUGUUUGCCUCUACACAGCUGUCGUUCACUGCUGGUCGACAUCAAGGACAUGUUCAACAUGGAAUAUGCUGCCCUCUCCACCGAUGCUCGUGUACAGGCUUGGAGAAAGGAGCUGACCGACAUAGAGAAGAAGCUCAUAUUCCCAAAGACAGUGAUAGCAGUGGUAGGUGAAACGGGGGCGGGGAAGUCCAGUCUGUUGAACGCUCUUCUAGACUGCAGUGUGCUGCCCACCUCUGGUAUAAGGGCCUGUACAGCUGCGGUGGUGGAGGUCGUACAGAACACCGACAGCAGCUUUUUUGAGGCCGAUAUCGAGUUCCUGCAGACAAAGGAGUGGUUUGAUGAACUGGAGGUGCUCCUGAAGGACCUGACAGCCCUGGACGGGACCAUCAAGAAGGGAGUACUUAACCCCGAUUCUGAUGCCUACGCCUCGUACUGUAAGGUGUUGGCUGUCUACGGCCGGGUAGAACCCCUCCCAGUCCUCACCAGAAUCACCACGGUGACACACUGGCUGGGCAAAGUGAAUGUGCUCAAGUCAGAUAAUGCAGAGGAUUUCCGUCGUCAAGUAGAGACGUUCAUAGAGACGCAGGACCCGGGGUCAGGGGGUCAGUACUGGCCAAUAGUGAAGCACGUGAGACUGAGACUCCCACACUGUGACGUCUGCAGCAGUGGUGCUGCUCUUGUGGAUCUACCGGGUGUCAGGGACUCAAACGCUGCCAGGGACCGCAUUGCUAAAGAGUACCUGAAGAACUGCUGCACUGCAGUGUGGGUGGUAAAUAGCAUUCCUCGUGCCAUUGAUCGCAAGAUGGCCAAUGAUCUGCUGGGGGAGAGCUUUCAUCGUCAACUGGUGAUGGACGGACAGUCUGGCAGCAUAGCCUUCAUAUGUACCAAGACUGAUAUACUCAAUUCAUCUGAGAUCAUCAGAUCGCUGAAACUUGACAAAGAAACAAAAGAGUUGAAAACAGAAAUCAAAGCACUGGAAACGGAAAAGGCAGACCUCGACCUAUCUGUUGCUAACAGAAACCUAGAGCAUAAGAGGUUACAAGGUACCAUUAAAGAGCUGGAAACGGAUGUGAUAGAGUCUCAACAACAGGAGGCCAUCCAAAAGGGCCAGUAG